GCCCGACUCGCCUUCCAUCAUCCCUCUCUCCUGCGUCUCCCUUCCGCAUCACGCCGCGACGCCCCCCCUUCUUUGUUUUCCUCGUCCUUGCAGGGCCGAGCGAGCAGCGCGGCAGACGUCGCGUCGUGUGACUCUUCUUUAUCUUCUGUUUGAUCCACAAGCGGAUCAAACGCCCUCCGCCGUCACACACGCCUACUGUCGGUGCUGCUGGUUGGUCAUCGUUGCGAGCGUGACGCCCCGACGCCAGCGCCGCCAUCACCACGACGCGAGCAUCUCGUGGCGGCGACGCAGCGCUCAUAGAGCCGUUACCGUCAUCUCCUUCGCGUCAAACUCCGCGUCCGACCCACCUCGCCUGAGCCUCCCUUCUACCUUCGAGUUUCCGUCAGCGAGUCGCCGCCUGACCCCGCCUCUGCCUCUCCUUCCUUUCCCAUCGUUCUCGCGAAGCCCGCGGCAGAAACAUGGCCGCCAAGAUGGCUCCCGCCAGCCAGCAGAUGCCUCCGGUUCCCAACCGUGAGGACAUUGGUGCUACAUGGAAUUAUCUGCAGGCCGGUAUCACGCGUAUUAUGAAUGACCUUGAGCAGGGCAUCGACAUGCAAAUGUACAUGGGAGUCUACACUGCCGUUCACAACUUUUGCACGUCUCAAAAAGCAGUUGGGCUGAGUGGUCCUGCCAUGCACUCCAACCACCGCGGAGCGCACCUUCUCGGCGAGGAGCUCUACAACAACCUCAUCAGCUACCUGCAAGCCCAUCUCAAGACGCUCGUCGAAGAGUCCAAAUCGCACACCGAGGAAGCGCUUCUCACGUACUAUAUCAAAGAGUGGAAUCGCUACACUACGGCUGCCAAAUACAUACACCACCUCUUCAGAUACCUCAAUCGCCACUGGGUGAAGCGCGAGAUCGACGAAGGCAAGAAGAACAUCUACGAUGUAUACACACUACACCUCGUUCAGUGGCGCAAGGUCCUGUUUGAGCAGGUCUCAGCCAAGGUCAUGGACGCCGUCCUAAAGCUCGUCGAGAAGCAAAGAAAUGGCGAAACCAUCGAGCACAGCCAGAUCAAGCAAGUAGUGGACUCCUUCGUGUCCCUCGGACUUGACGAAGCCGACCCAUCCAAGUCCACCCUCGACGUCUACCGCUAUCACUUCGAAAGGCCAUUCCUAGCUGCGACUAAGGAAUUCUAUCAGGCAGAGUCUAAACAAUUCGUCGCCGAGAACAGUGUCGUCGAGUAUAUGAAAAAGGCGGAGACUCGGCUCGCCGAAGAGGAAGAGAGGGUCAGCAUGUACCUGCACCAGGACAUCGCCGUCCCCCUCAAAAAAUGCUGCAACAUGGCCCUUAUUGCAGACCACUCGACACUCCUGCGUGAGGAGUUCCAGGUCCUCCUGGACACAGACCGCGAAGAGGACAUGGCCCGCAUGUACAAUCUUCUGUCUCGCAUCCCCGACGGUCUCGAGCCACUGAGAACCAAAUUCGAGACUCAUGUGCGCAAGGCUGGUCUCGCCGCCGUGCAAAAGGUGCAGUCCUCCGAGGGGGACAAACUCGAACCCAAGGUCUACGUCGAUGCCCUCCUCGAGGUCCAUAGCCAGUACCAGCUGCUGGUGAAGAAGGCUUUCAACGACGAGGCUGAGUUCACUCGAUCGUUAGAUAAUGCCUGCCGUGAGUUCGUGAACCGCAACGAAGUCUGCAAGUCGGCGUCGAGCAAAUCGCCAGAGCUUCUGGCCAAAUACACCGAUGUACUGCUUCGCAAGAGCAGCACGAGCAUCGAGGAGGCCGACCUCGAGCGGACGCUGAGCCAGAUCAUGAUCGUCUUCAGAUAUAUCGAAGACAAGGAUGUCUUUCAAAAGUUUUACUCUCGAAUGCUUGCGAGGCGGUUGGUGCACAGCAAUUCGUCUUCGGAUGACGCCGAGACGAGCAUGAUCAGCAAGUUGAAGGAGGCCUGCGGUUUCGAAUACACUAACAAGCUACAGCGCAUGUUUCAGGACAUGCAGAUUUCGAAAGAUCUCAACAAGGAGUUUGGCGAGCACCUUGCGAGUGUCGACUCCGUGAGCGGCGUCGACUCGACCUUUUCGAUUCUCGGCACGGGAUUUUGGCCGCUCACGCCACCGAGCACCCAUUUUCACCCUCCUGCAGAGAUUUCGACGGAGAUUGAGCGGUUCGCGCGCUUCUACAAGCACAAGCACGAUGGUCGCAAGCUCACGUGGCUAUGGCAUCUUUGCAAGGGCGAGAUACGCACGGGGUAUUGUAAGAGCAGCAAGACCCCAUUCACGUUCCAGGUUUCUAUAUACCAGAUGGCCAUCCUCCUUCUCUUCAACGAGAAGGACUCCUACACUUACGAGGACAUGCUCAGCGCGACCCAGCUCAGCAACGAAGUGUUGGACCAAGCCUUGGCUGUUAUUCUCAAGGCCAAGGUGCUACUCAUGUCUGGCGGCUCUGGUGACAAACCGGGCUCAGGCAAGACGUUCAACCUCAACUACGAUUUCAAGAACAAGAAGAUUCGAGUCAACUUGAAUCUUGGAGGUGUAAAGGAAACCAAGCAAGAGGAGGCGGAAACCAACAAGACAAUCGAGGAAGACCGCAAGCUGGUUCUUCAGUCUGCGAUUGUGCGCAUCAUGAAAGCCCGAAAGAAGAUGAAGCACACGCAGUUGGUCAGCGAGACCAUCAACCAAAUUCGAUCUCGAUUUGUGCCCAAGGUUGGAGACAUCAAGAAAUGCAUUGAGAUCCUUCUCGAUAAAGAGUAUCUGGAGCGCCUGGAGGACGACGAGCUGGGCUACCUGGCGUAGUCGUCCACCAUCUCACUGUUAGGUUGGUCCAGAACAGCAAACCCUCAACCCAACGAUUGCAUUGCGCGUCGGAGCCGAACCAACGAACUUGAUGUAUUGAAGCCACAAGCUGGACAGGCAGCCCUCAUCUGUCGAGGUUGGAGCGUUUGCUACAAACGAGGCGGGUUAUGGCUAGGUGGCCUUCAUCUGUAUAUUUUCCUCGAGUGGCGGUUCGAUUUCCAGCCAUUCGAGGGUCUUCGUGCGAACGUUCUAGCCGUCACACCAGCGGGGUCUUUUUUUCCUAGUCAGCCUCAUGAUGAAAAGGGAAUAUCGCGGCGGCGUCUAGGAUUUGCAUGGAACGGACGCAGUGGCGGGCCUUGGGCGGGGAUAACGGAGAAGGAAAGACGAGCAGCGCUUUUUAUAAUGAUCUGCUCGAUGCAUCACCCACAAUCGAGAAAAAUAAAACAGUCCUGGCUAUGAGUAUUGUGGUUUCGAAUGCGGUUCGGGGUAUGCUGCCUAGCAUAUAUACGUGUCUGAUGUACCAUUGGAGCCUGGACGCCUCUUACGCCCUUGCCCAGCCCCCUUUCCCUCUCAUCCAAGAAAACCCAAGCGAUGCAGUGCGCGCGAU